UAGUCAGUCAGUCGGCUAGUUAGCAGACAGUGCGCUCCGGCUGGACUCCUCUAGUCAUUAUAAUCGCGUUGCGCAUAGGCUCUACAUAUUUUCUCGUCCGUCUAUGCCACACAUUGCUUGCUUAUUUGCUUACUUACUAGUCAGUGUCGUCAUCGUUGUCGACAUUCAAACUCCCUAUUAUCGCAUCGUGUUAUACGGAUUUCCCGACUUUUAUCGGCUCCAGCUCGAAGGCAUCAGUAACCUAAUUAGUCAGUCAGUGAACAGCUGACUGGCGACCGGUUUCGGACGACUAAGCAGAAUUCGAUCGCUCCUACACACUGGCUUGUUUGUGUUCAUGCGGAACUGCGAAUCCUGCUUGAUAGUCGCGCGAAUCUUAAUCGGUUGAUAAAAAAUAACCGCGGAACCACUGUCGUCGUUCCGUUGGGUGUUCGGUCAUGUUAGUAGUGCGCGACGUUUAAUGCGGUGUAAAUUAUAUUCAGUUGAUGAAUAAUUAGAAUUGUUGAAGUUCAACUCUAAUUGUGAUUGGAGGAGCAGUAACUGUUUGUACUUAGAAGUGCCGUAAAGUCUGAUUGCCGUGACCGUGAGUCGAUUGUACACUACCGCUAGUGACCAAGGUUCAGCUGGUGCUGCUGCUCCGAGGUUGUCCGUCCAUUUACUCGCCACAUGGAACUAGGCCAGCGGUCGCGUCUGCUGUUGUUGCAGUGAUAAGGACUGUUAGUUAUCGGCAAUGUUUUGCUGUGCCGCCGCUUUCACACAUCGUUCGAAGUACCCUGGUCGAGUGCCAUCUAGCUAAUCCAGCAGUAGUACAAACAAUAAAACGCACCGUGCUGGGCACAGAUCCGUUCAGGAAGUGGAGUGAACCUCGCGGAUUUAGAAAGCACACUAUUUCGGGUGUGGACUAAUUUUAGUUGCCAAGUGACUUAGUCGGAAUCGCUGGGGGUGGCUUUGUGUUGUGUGCGUGUGCUUUCCGAUUCCGAUUCUUUAUCAUCUUGUGCGCUAGUGUUCUGUGAUUUAGGAAAAUCCCGGACGGUGUUUUCCGUGAGUAUGGACGUUUCUGCUCAGGUUUGAUUCACGUAUCGGGCGCAGCAUUUCAUCCGCACUAGGCUGGAGAAGUGUGAAUAUGUACGAUCACUAGCGACUCGGUCGGCAAAGUGAUCAGUGAUUGGUGUUUAGUUAAGCGCGAUUUGUUGAGAUGUUCAGCGAGAAAAAGUUCGGCGAAAUGGAUCGACUGAUAGUUCCCACCAAAAUCAUCCCCACGAAGCAGCCACUGGCGGGGACCCAGGAUCUGGACUUAGACGAUCAGGACGAUGGCCUGGGUUACACCCACACACUGAUGUAUGGCCGCUAUACCAAAGAUCUAGGAGAAUACGCCAAAGAUGAAGCGAGAAGACUCAGGCUUCUUGAACGAAGAAGAAAAAAAGAAGAUAAAUUCAGAAACAAGGAACUGUUGGGAGUGCGGGAUAACAGAUUCUACAAAGCCGGCUCCUGGCUAUGGCGGAAUACAUUUGCCAGACUGGGCGAGGAUUGGGUGUUUCUGGCCCUGCUCGGCAUCAUCAUGGCGCUGCUGUCCUACGUGAUGGACAAGGGCAUCGCGAUGUGCACGAAUUCACGAGUAUGGCUGUACAGAGAUCUCACCAACCAUCCGGUGGCGCAGUAUUUGGCUUGGGUUUCGCUGCCCGUCGUUCUCAUUCUGUUUUCCGCCGGUUUCGUCCACCUGGUGGCACCGCAAAGUAUAGGCUCCGGCAUUCCGGAGAUGAAAACUAUUCUCCGGGGCGUAGCACUGAAAGAAUAUCUCACCUUUAAGACACUGGUUGCCAAAGUGAUAGGCCUGACGGCAACCCUGGGCUCCGGAAUGCCCCUCGGCAAGGAGGGCCCCUUUGUACAUAUAGCUAGUAUAGUAGCGCAGUUAUUAGGUAAAAUCAUAACAUCAUUCCAAUCGAUCUACGAGAAUGAAUCCCGUAACACGGAGAUGUUGGCGGCAGCCUGCGCCGUCGGAGUCGGAGCCUGCUUUGCAGCCCCCGUUGGUGGUGUGCUGUUUAGCAUCGAGGUCACCACGACUUACUUCGCAGUGCGCAACUACUGGCGCGGGUUCUUCGCGGCCGUCUGCGGCGCAACCGUGUUCCGGCUGUUGGCCGUCUGGUUCCAAAAAGCGGACACCGUGACGGCUCUGUUCGCCACCAACUUUACUGCCGAUUUCCCGUUCGAUCCGCAGGAACUGUUUGUGUUUGCACUGAUCGGCCUGGUCAGUGGUCUGGGAGGUGCCUUAUACGUGUGGGUACACCGUAAAUACGUAUUUUUCAUGCGAUCCAACAAAGGAAUGAACAAGUUUCUUCAGAAAAAUCGCUUUCUGUAUCCCGGAAUACUGGCACUGAUCGUGGCCACUCUGUCAUUCCCUCUCGGCUUCGGCCAAUACAUUGCCGGAGAACUGAGUACCCACGAGCAGGUACUGCAACUGUUUUCCAACUUCACCUGGAGUAACCACGAUCUCACCGUAGAACAGGCAGCGAUCGUGUCCAACUGGCGGACAGCCUACACCGACGUAUUCGCCAAUUUGUUCAUUUAUUUGUUAUACACGUUCUUCUUUUCCAUCAUCACCUCAACCAUUCCGGUUCCUUCUGGUAUCUUCAUUCCUGUGUUCAAAAUCGGCGCCGCGCUGGGUCGUCUAGUCGGUGAAGGAAUGCAUCUGUGGUUCCCGUACGGAGUUCGCUACGGUGGCAAACUGGCACCGAUUAUCCCCGGUGGCUAUUCAGUCGUCGGGGCUGCAGCGUUCUCUGGUGCCGUCACCCAUACGGUUUCCGUAGGUGUAAUUGUGUUCGAAAUGACCGGCCAAAUUACGCACAUUGUACCGGUGAUGAUUGCUUCGCUGGUUUCGAAUGCGGUCGCCGCUCUUCUACAGCCGUCCAUGUACGAUAGCAUUAUCUUAAUUAAGAAAUUGCCAUAUCUGCCAGAUCUGCUGCCCAGUGGCUCCGGAAUGUACAACAUCUUUGUCGAAGACUUCAUGGUGCGGGACGUGAAGCACAUUUGGAAAGGAAUCUCCUACCAGCAGCUGAAGGAAAUAUUGAAAGCAAACAAAGCUUUGAGAAGCCUACCAAUCGUCGAUAGUCCGGACAAUAAAACACUCCUAGGAAGCGUUCAGCGAUAUGAGCUGAUCAAACUGAUCGACAAACAUAUCGGACGAGAGAAACGUUUAGAAGUGGCAGCUAAAUGGAUGAAGGAAGCUGAGGAGAAAGCUCGCGAAGAGCAGGAGCGACUCAAGCGGGAGGCAGAAGAGCUGCAGAAAACACGCCGUCCAUCACGUUUCGAGGUCAGCCCUGCACCGGAUAUUCUAAAACUGCGAGAGCGAGCCACUAACGAGAUGUUACCGCCACAGGCGAAGAAAGAAACCACCUUCCAGUAUAGUCCGGUUUUCGGAACGCUGCCAAAAAAAUCCAUCCUAAAGAAAACCAACUCAUUCACGUUGAAGGGCACCACGCCCCUGUCAGCGCACAGUCCAGUCCAGACGCCAUACACGACCAUCACCGGUACGGAAAGUAAAAUUCGAUCAGCGUUCGAAAUAAUCUUCCGCAAAUCGGCGACCCUGCAGGAUGUCACUCCCGAUCCGGAAAUCGGUUCCAUCGGCACGCCAAGCAUCAGUGGCACCGAGACAGGAGUACCGUUGACUCCAGGAAUCUCCAAGAAAGUGCAGCUACCACGGGAGCGAGUCAUCGAUAUGUCACCCGAGGACCAGAAAGCCUGGGAGCUGGAGGAGAUGGACAAACCGAUCGACGUGGAUCAUCUGCACAUCGAUCCGGCCCCAUUCCAGCUUGUCGAACGUACCUCGAUUCUUAAGGUUCACUCACUGUUUUCGAUGGUGGGAAUCAACCACGCUUACGUGACGAACGUCGGUCGGCUGGUCGGGGUGGUGGCACUCAAAGAGCUUCGGGUGGCCAUUGAGAAUGUGAACAGUGGUACGCUUACACCGGAAUCGGUAAAGAAACAGGAGGAGGAAGCUAGAGCCAAAGAGGCGGACAUUAGUGGCCCAGAGGAACCACUGCUGCCAAAGGGACCCAACGGUGGUCACAGCGACAAGAAAGUAAAUAAUACAGUAACAUCUAUGGAUUCCGCCCUAUCCAAUUCGGAUAACUGCUCAGAUAUCGAGCUAGACAACAUUAGAUUAACAAGCGACAAACACAGCACCACUACCAAUAAAAACCGCAACAACAACAACAAUAGUAGCAACGGCGGCGCCAGCAACAACAACCACUCAAACAAUCACGAUAUUCAAAGAUUGAGAUAAACCGUCACCGACGCCGGCUGAGCCUGUCCUCUGUUUGCGCGAGGGCAACCCUAAUCUUUACGUGAAAUGAUGUGAUUCUAAUUUUAAUGCUAAAUCUACGUGCGAGUCAAGUAAAAACCAACCAAAGGUCGGAAUGCGCUGCGAACCUUUCUAGGGGAUCAAGACGAUCAUCACAAGCAGCACAGUCAGAUUUCGUCGCUUUGACUUGGAUUAUUAUUUUUUUAUGUUUUCAUGUUUGGAUACUUCUGUUCUGAUCCAGCCAAGGCCCACAUAACAAUAGGAAAUUAUUUUAAGUGUGAAUGUUGAUAUCGUUUUAAGUAACCAACUAAUCCAAUUUUAGGAGAUUUAACUCGUCCAAGACGAACGUAAUUUAUAUCAAAAACAAACAAAAAAAGACAUAGGUUUUACAAUUCUGUAUCCAGAGUCAGUGGAGAGAGUCGAAGAAGAAUUAUUCUUUUCAGAAACGCGUUCUGUUUCGUGCAAUGUGAAACAAAAUAAAGAUUGAAUAACUCAAA